UGGCGCAGAGAGAAAGAAAAAAGUCUUUUUAGAUACCAGGUGAUUUGUGUCAAACUGAACGAGAGCGACGUCGAAUGUUUCUACGUGAUUUACGUACGUUAUAUAGAUAUAGUGGGUUAUCUGAACGCUUCAUUGCCAGCAUUCAGCGGUGUGGCCGUGACUUCUGUCUGACCACUGAAGCUGAACUGAAUGCUCCAGUCAUGGAUCUGCAUAAUAAAGACUCGGGCGAUAUCCUACCUGUGGUCAUUAUUGGAAAUGGACCUUCCGGAAUUUGCCUUUCAUACUUACUAUCAGGAUAUACACCCUAUUUCUCCCCUGAGGCUUCGCACCCCAAUCCAAUCCUGCAUCAAAAACUUGAAGAGAACUCGAAUUUGUCAUUGUUUGAACAGGACCUGGAGUACAUGUGUGAAGGCUUGGAAGGCAGAUCUUCAAAUCCUUUGGCUGUACUCUUUGAUUCAUUGCUCUUACCAGACGGUGACUAUGGCUUGGACUGUGCCUCACCAUUGCUAUGGCAGUAUGAGCCAGAAAGAGCCAUGACCCACCUUGUGCUUGGAAAAGGACCACCUGGAGGGGCAUGGCAUGCCAUGGAGGGAUCCAUGUUAACACUUAGCCUUGCUAAUUGGAUGGAGCUUCCUGGCAUCAACCUGAAGGAAUGGAUGAGGGAGAAACGCAAGAAUGUUCGCAAUGACCGUGCCACACCAGCGGAUAUUGCCUCCUACUACCAGCACUAUGUGAAUAAGAUGGGCCUUAGUAAAAACUUCGCCCAUAGUACCACAGUGACCUCAGUGCAGCGAGUCUCUCUUCGCACAGGUGUCCCCGGCUGGCACAUCCAGGGAACACAGAAGAACAAUAAUGGAGAUGAGAUGCCCUUCUUGGUCCAGGCAGAGAAUGUAGUGCUGGCUACAGGCACCAGUGAUUCCCCAGCUCACCUUGGAGUCGAAGGAGAAUCGCUACCCUUUGUGUGCCACAGCUUUCAGGAGUUUGAGGCAGUCAUCUCAAGUGGACGUUUGUGCAGAUCAUCAGAGCCUGUCCUAGUGGUUGGAGCAGGGCUAACUGCAGCUGACGCAGUUCUGUGCACCCACCACCUUAACGUGCCUGUGUAUCACACAUUUCGCAGAGGUGUCUUAGACCCAGCACUCAUUUUCAACCAGCUUCCCCGUCUUCUCUACCCUGAGUACCACAAAGUUCACCAGAUGAUGAGCCAGCAGCAGCACCAGCUAAGCCAUUCAGUACACACUUUUCUCUCCCAGCAUGUGGCAUCACCAGACAAUGAACACACUAACUCAUCCUGCUCCUACCCUGGAUAUCUGAGCUUCCCAAAACACCGUGUUGUGUCUUUUAAACCCAACGGCAAGUGUGUCCUGGAGGCAGCGGAUGGGCACCAGGUUGUGCUUCAGGUUUCAUUGGCACUGGUUUUGAUUGGCUCACAACCUAAUCUGUCGUUUUUGCCUGAGGACGGACGGAAACUGGGGAUGGAGCCAGGCCAACCAAUCAGCUGUCGGCGCAACCCAGUUAAGGUGGACCCGUUUACCUAUGAAUGUGUGCAGGAAGUAGGGAUGUAUGCCCUGGGUCCUUUAGUGGGUGAGAACUUUGUGCGCUUUCUCAAGGGUGGUGCACUUGGCACUGCAUGCCAUCUAAUGCAAAAAACAAGGGGACAGAGGAGUGAAAGUCAGUGACCAUUCAAUCACAGCUUGGAUGUAGGGAAGAGAAAAGAACAAAAAAGAGAAGCCCAGGGAUAGCCUGAAGAUUCUAUACUGUACCCACCCACUUCCACACAAUGGUUAUUUCAGUCUUUACUGAUUCCCUUCUUUUUUAUGAGCAGGUAAACACCAUUGAGGGAGCCUUUAUUAUUGAAUGAACUAUCACAUUUACCAGUCUUUCAGUGAGGGUGAAUGUAAGCCAAACCCCGAUAACUUUUCACCAGAUUACAAAUGUUUAAAAGGCCAAGCUCACAGUCCUAAAAUAACGAGAAAACACCUGAAUGGCUCAACGUAACUCUUUCAGUAAUGUCUUUUUGAAUGUCAGCAUAACAGCACCUGAAAAUUAAACUUCAAAUUCAGUUUCUCGAAUUUGGUUCCAUGAAAUCAGAAAAAUUUCUUUUUUAAUGUAGCUAGAUGAUCGUGCUAACCUAGCACAACAAAUUGUGGGAAACUGCAAUAUUUAAAUUUUUUUUUAAAUAAAUCAUCUUGUUUACCAAGAAAUCCUUUACACAAUAUUGUGACCUUCCAAAUUCAGCACUGGGAAAACAGGAAGGCAAAGGAAGCCUGAUUCUGAUAGUGUACACCACGUUUGCAGCUUGAGACAUGCCAGUUUGCUCACUUAUCGUUCACUUGGCGCUGGUUUUAGUAGUGUUGGAGUGCAUUAAAAGACGAUCCCAUGUAAAACAAAACCGAUGUGUUCUGAUCCAUUACACCCUACCCUCCUUUCAUACAGCAGCAUUUCUUCUUUAAUGACUAGUCAUAUUUGUGUAAAUUUAAGGGUUAAUUGGGUAAAUUUAAUUUAAUUGGCUCUUUUUGUUCUAAAAAAAUUUUUUUCUGUCAUUCAAAGCCAUUUUCUGGCUCAACCGUGUGGCCUUCAUUUCUUAUCGUUCCUGUACAAGAUUAAAAACUUUCCAUAUAUAGGUUCCCUACCACCACAACAUCCUGAUCUGGUCUGUUUAAAUAGCUGAGGAUGAUAAACUUAUCUGACUUUUUUUUCCUCAACCAGAUCCAUACUCUCUGCAACAUCAGCAGUCUCUCACAGCAAGACAAUGAGACCUCAGAAUGAAAGGCAGGCUAAGCAAAGUGUCUGAAUGAACUGCAUUUAUAAAGACAUGAUUGGUGUUAUGAAGAGUGUUCUGUGUGUAUGGACUUGGAAUGUUGAACACCUUAAAAAGUAAAUGCAGCACAGGAUACAGCAGUAAGGUUCUUGAUGGCAGUCUGUACACACUGAGACACACAUGCUACUUUUCGUGACGCUACAUUAGGGUUGGGUAUCAAAAGAAAUUUUCCAGUUCCGAUUCCGGUUCCAGUUCUGCCUUACAAUUCCCGGUUCUGAUUCCGAUUCCAUAAUAAAAGAAAUGUGAAACAUAAUGCACAAUACUUAAA